UAGGAUUUUUAAACAAACAACACAAAAUUGAUACCGAAAUUCACAUAUAUCUAUAACUUUCGACGCCUUCAAAGUAAACAAACCAAAAUUAUUCAAAAGCUGCUGCGCCAAAAACAAAUCCUUGGGCUCAGAACGUGUAAAGGAGCCGCCAAGCGAAGCGAAGCUAAAAAAAAAAAGAGAAAACAAAACAAGUGGAGAGAGCGAUGCAGCUGGCGCGGAAGGGUAAGAUGGUGGGACGUCAGACGUUGGCGCAGCGUCAGCAGCUGUACAAGCUUUGGCUGCAGCGUCGUUGGAACUCAGAGUGCUCGACCAUAACGUUGCAGAAUACCUUCAAGUGCUAUGAGCUGGACAAGGGACCACCGACAGAUGUGGAUCUGUCGCGCGAGGAUGCGCUGGCGAUGUAUCAGAAAAUGGUAGAAAUACGUCGGCUGGAGAUGAUGGCUGGUGAUUUGUAUAAGAAGAAGAGCAUACGUGGAUUUUGCCAUCUCUACACCGGACAGGAGGCGGUGGCUGUGGGCAUGGCGGCUGCACUGCGUAAACAGGAUAGCGUGAUAACUGCAUAUCGCGCCCAUGGCUGGACCUAUGUGAUGGGCGUGCCGAUCUAUAGCGUGCUCGCCGAGCUUGUGGGCGCGCGCACCGGCUGCAGUCGCGGCAAGGGCGGCUCCAUGCACACCUAUGGCGAUAAUUUCUAUGGCGGCAACGGCAUUGUGGGCGCCCAAGUGCCCGUUGGUGCGGGCAUCGCACUGGCGCAUGCCUACAAAGGCGAUGGCGGCGUCUGCCUGGCGCUCUAUGGCGACGGCGCUGCCAAUCAGGGGCAGGUCUUCGAGGCCUACAACAUGGCCAAGCUGUGGUGCCUGCCCUGCAUUUUCGUCUGCGAAAACAACAACUAUGCCAUGGGCACGUCCGUGAAUCGGCAUUCGGCCAUUCCCGAUUUCUAUAUGCGUGGCCAGUAUAUACCCGGACUCUGGGUCGAUGGCAAUCAGGUGCUGGCGGUGCGCAGCGCCACGCAGUUUGCCAUCGAGUAUGUGCUGAAGCGUGGGCCCAUUGUGCUCGAGAUGUUCACCUAUCGCUAUGAGGGCCACUCCAUGUCCGAUCCGGGCAUUUCAUAUCGCACGCGUGACGAGAUUCAGAAAAUGCGCAAGGCACGCGAUCCGAUUGAAAGUUUGCGCAAUCAAAUUAUAAAGCUGUGCCUGGGCACGGAGGUGGAGCUGAAGAAAAUCGAUGCGGAUGUGCGCAAGUCGGUGGCCGACACUACGGCCAAGCUGCUGAAGGAUAAAGAGAUUGAGCUGGAUGAGCUGGCAACGGAUGUUUAUGCCAAGACGGUGGACAAGCAGGUGCGCGGCAUUUCCGGCUACAGUCUGGUGCACAAGCGUCUGUCCGAGAUUUGCUUUGGCAAGCCCAAGCGCACGCCGCCGGAGGAAAUCAAAGACGUGCCCGUUGGCGAUGCGGCGCUGGUGGCGGCGCAGCAAAAAGCCAAAGCGGCAGCGGAUGCCAAAAAGGCAGCGGAGGCAGCCAAAGAUGAUAAAGCCAAGCCGCCAGCUGAUCCGAAAGCAGCAGCAGCAGCCAAGCCAGCAGCAGCAGCAGCAGCCAAACCAGCAGCAGCAGCUGAUGCCAAAGCAGCGACCCCAGCGCCACCGCCAGCGCCAGCUGCAACGCCAGCGCCUGCUAAAAAUGACAAGCCCAAGCCCAAGCCCAAGUAGUUGCCAUCAUGUAAACACAAACUGUAUUAUCUAUUAUCUAUGCAUUUGAAAUUCAAAAUUAUGCAGCGCGCCAAACUGGCAAAGUAAUUUUUUUUUUCUUUUUUCAACUAAACAGACUUGUGCGUCAAAGCUU